AUGGAUACGACCAUUCUCCUCGCGGGCCAGGCGGUCCUCAUCGUGGUCAUCCUGGUGGCCGUCAAAUUCCGCACCCUCAUAACAAACACGAUCAAUCGUUUGAUCUCUGCUAUUCUUAGACUCACAUCUCAGGUUCAUCUUGCACGUCGCUUUCCCGUACAUCAUGUCGAUGACAAUAGUCCGCUGCCCACCCUGCCGUACCAGUGGCCCGAUGGACAGGGUGACGGGGCCAAGUUCUUGCAAGGUCAAAGCAACUCGGAGCGCUGGGAGCGUCAAUUCGGAGCCAUUUACCGUCUCUGGUCCGGCAUGAACCCAGAAGUCGUCCUCACCCGUCCCGAACACAUCCAAGCCGUCUUCAAGGACUCGCACACCCACCUCAAGGCCAAGAACAACAACUCGGGAUACCUGCUCGGAGAGCUGCUGGGUCAGUGUGUUGGACUUGUCAGCCAAGAUCAAUGGCAGCGCGUGCGUGCCAUCAUGGAGAAGCCCUUCCACCGUAACGCCUCGACGACCUACAUCCCGCUCGUCAAGCGCCGCACAGAGCAAUUCUUUCAGGAACUCUGGGAUACCAGCGACCUGUCCCGAGGCCUGCUCGACCCAGCAGAUGAUCUCAAAUUGCUCCCCUUCCUGGUAGUCGCCGAAGUCGUCUACGGUCGCCUCGCCCCGGAUGUCGAGGCAGAGCUGCGUCGCCUGGCCCCGCAACGCGAGAACCUGAUGAAGCAUGUCAUCAAGGGGGGAUUGACUCGUUUCGCCUGGUCGCGUUUCCUGCCCACGCAAGCCAACCGCGAACUGGCCGCUUUCCAGCAACGUUGGCUGGCUUUCAACGAGCUGGCACACCGCCGCGCCGUUGAGCAGAAACUCAAUGCCCCUAUCAUCGACUUCUUCGCCGCCCGGGAUGCCGGUCAAAUCAGCACCCAGGAACUCCUGCACACACUGGACGAGAUGCUCUACGCCAACCUGGACGUGACGAUCGGCGGCGUCAGCUGGAACGUGGUCUUCCUUGCCGCAUACCGCGACAUCGCCCAGCGUCUCCGCGAGGAAGUCGAACAGCAGCGGGCCAUCUCCGUGGACGGCGAAGUGGACGCCUACCUCCUCGACAACAGCACCCUGCUUGCCGCCUGCGUGGAAGAAUCCGCGCGUCUCCGUCCCCUUGCCGCAUUCUCCGUGCCACAGGCUAUCCCCACCGCCAGGACAGUAGGUGGGUACCACUUCCCCGCCGGGACCAACUUCGUGGUGGAUUCAUACGCGCUCAACAUCCGGAACCCGUACUGGGGCGAGGAGCGCCACUUGUACCAGCCCGAUCGGUUCCUGGCGAGGAGCUUAACCCAGGCACGAUACCACUUCUGGCGUUUUGGGUUCGGGCCGCGGCAAUGCAUGGGCAAAUUUGUGGCGAGUGUGGUGAUCCGGGCGAUCUUGGUGCAUUUGGUGGAGGGGUAUGACUUGCGCAUGGUCAAGCCGGAGGCAAUGGAGGAGUGGGGCAGGAAUAAGGAGAUUUGGAUUAAUCAUCCGGACAUGAAGGUGAUCUGUGUGUAUCUACGUGAUUUUAGCGAUUAUGAACUUGUCUAG